ACCCACAAGAUAUGAAACGAUGUAAGCUAUCUGUACCCUCAGAGUCGUGCAUCACUGAGUUUACAGCGACAGAUAUGAAGAUGCAGGUCUUUCAUCUUGCCCAACUUAUGAUGCAAGCAGAGGCUUAGGGGCGCAUAGAAGAUGCGUGCAGGUUGCAGGGUCUAAUUCGUACGUCUAACGAGACUGUGACGGCAUUCUCAGUGACGCUCGACAAAAGGACACCAAAAGAACGACCACCUAGUCCACAGGGCAGCUAGCAUAAAGAUAACCCACAGAAUACAGCUGCAUGCGUUUAUUUUAGACUAACAUAAGAGGGCGAAAUCUCACAGGUUAGAUCCGAUUCAUAUACAGAUGGGUUUACAUAGGGCACUACAGAAGGAAGGGGCACCUAUGGCGGUAUUAGACUUUAUUGUGGAGAACGAGCAAAAAUUGCAGUCGAUUUUGUUUCAGGAGGUCACUGCUUUUAUCGUCCAUAUACCCAAACAGGACUUGGAGAAUAAUGCAUACAGAAAUAAGUUGGCAUGCACGAAGUUUAAGCCGUCAGUACCACUUGAGACACAGAUUCGUGAUUUUGAACGCAAAUUUGAACUUAAGGAGAUGCGACAGAAUGAGAAUUCGUUGCUGGCUUAUCGCAAUAAUGUGCUUAACCUGAUACGACAACAUGUGGGAGGUGCGUACUACCGAGAUACUCUUUUAGGGUUUAGUAUGCAGCCAAAUUGGCGAGACUACUCGUCUGAACAGAUGCGCGACGUAUUCCGGGUGGAUAUUGACAAGGCAGAAGAAUAUCGUCGGGGAAAUGGGUCGCGACCGCAACAGGUUCCGGGAGGUUUGCGUUUACGAUCACACUGGCGUACGGAUGCGAACACACGAGCUCCCACACGCGCCACCAACAUCGAAUCCGCGAGUUCGUUGUCGACCGUGUGAGCAGAACCUUCCUCCGGACAUGCGAACCGCUGUCCUAAACAUCAGCGAGCAUUUGUAUCAUCCAACAUUGGACCCCCGUACAGAAUCUGGCGGGGCUACUACACAACGUAUGUCUGGUAUAAGCACAUGUAUGAGGGCGUCACAAGCAUCAGGCCACAAUUGCCG